CGCCUCUGGGACGCUCACCACCGCCUAUUCUACUCCAUCUCAAUACGACAACCCAGAGUGAGCUCCCUCUCCGUCCCUCUCUCUCUCUCUCUCUCCAUAUCCUUCUCUUUUUUUCGCCAUGGCGUCGCCGAGCUCGGGGAUCGGCGGUAAUGGCGACGAACCCAACGAGCCUGCCUCCAUUGACGAGCUCUUCAACAUCAACUUCGUCCCCUCCGAGCUCUUCUUCAAGUUCCGCAAAGAAAUCGAGGGUCUCCGCGUCGGCGUCAACUUCGAGUUCUUUAAUUAUCAGAGUAAUGAAUACGAGGCAAAAUUAGUUCUAAAACCAUUAGCUCCUGAUCGGAGGUGGAAGUUCUCAUACCGGCCCAUCCGUGGGGAUGUACAGCUACUUUCCAAAAAGAUACCAAUAACCAAAUUUCUUAAUCUCCAGGUUGGCAUUGGCCACAGUUUCCAAAUGAAUGCAACAGGAUGGAAGUGGAAGCUCUCUACUAGCUUUGGCGGAGAUGGUGUUUCCCAGAUUAGAAACAAGACAUCUAUUGGCUUGUUUCCAGGUUUUGAUUUGAGGAUUGGUUGGAGGGCGGAGUAUGUCCUUCCUGAGAUUCAUGGGGCUGUGGGCACAGGAGAACCCGUUUUCAAUAUGACCUAUGGUCGCUUGCAUGCAUCAAUCGAUCGGGUGGAGACCAUUUUGACUCAUGCUUCUUAGACCUUCUUAUUUUAGUUUUGAUGAGUCAACAGGCUUCGACCAAGCAAUUGGGGCUAGAAAAGUGCUCAUCAUGAUAAAAUCGGGAAGCUGCGGAGCUUGUGAGGUCUGUGAUUGGAGAAUUUUCAUGGCUAGUGCUCCAUCCUUUCAUGCAAGGUGCAUCCGCGUAAUGUGUUGUUUGCACUUUCUAGUUUGGGAUAUCUUCAAAUGCCCAUCCUGCGGUUUUCUCUGUGUCCUCUUUUAUUGCAUUUAACUGGCAGUGGUUAAUGUUUCACUGAGCACUUUCCAUUUGGGGUAAUUUCUGAUCACUGAACAAUACCACAGGGUGCUUGAGUGCAAUAAAUGAAACUAUAAGGUAGAAGAGCAACUGUGCUAAACGGCAAUUGAAGUUAUUCCUAUAAUUAUGGUUAUGAAGUUGAAUUACUGUACAGUAUACAAACAACCACAUCAGAUAGUUUAUUUGAAGGGGUUCUGCAUAGUAAUCGAACUUGAAUUUGAAACUAAAUUUCAUUGCA